AUGGAAUCAAAUAAUAACAAGCCUAGUAAUCCAGAUCCUCAAGCUUAUUAUUUUCUAGAUUUGGAUAUAGAAUAUGCAAAAGAUAUAUUUAAAGUAGAUAAAGCUGAAUAUGCAUUUUCAACCUGGUUUACAGAAAUUGAAAAGCUAAAUUUUGAGACCAGAAUAACUAAAAAGUGA